UUCUGAGAGUUUUGUGAAUUGAGUUUUAUGAAUAAUUGAGUUCCUUUUGUGAUUUGUCGAAGAGUAGACGUACAAUAUUUAUUUGAAAAAAAAAAAAAUAAUAAAAAAAUUCAUUAUUAAUAAAAUACAACAAAUAAUUGUGUGCUUAUAAUAAAUAAAAACACCGCUAAGAAAUAAACAAAAAACUUUUAUAAAAUUUUCAUUCAUACAGAAUAUUUAAACAAAGGAUUAAAUAAAACAUGAGAACUUCUACUGUUGGCCGUUAUGCAUUGCGUUUGACUUUUGGACAGAUUUGACUGAACUUAAACGUGCUUAUUGUGAUCGAAAGAUUUUACCAAUAUGGACAACGAAAUAACUUUAAAAGUCGGUGAUGUUUGUCUGGAUUGUCGGCAGCAACUUGGCAUUGAGAAACGUUUGCGUUAUUUUAAAAUAAACCUAAAAGGUGAUACUCUAUUGAAAUGUGAAAGUAAUGAAUGUAUGUAUCCCUACAAUGAUGAGAUGUACUCCACGGAUGAAGAACCGGAUCAGGUGGAGAAGGAAAAUUAUCAAAAUCUUACAUUUUUAGAUGAUUUUAUACAACAAUAUACCAAUGAAUCGGGCGCACAAGAUACACACAAUUCUAUUCCUAAUAGUAGUGAUAUGGUUACAACUCAUUUCGAUAUAAGUUUUUUGGAUAAUUUCAAUGAAAAUCUUUGUAAAACGGAAAUUUCUCAAGAUAGUAAUGAAUUGUUGGAUAGUAAAUCUAAUAUAGAAAUGAUUAAAAGUGAAUUUUUAACAUUACCACUUAACUCUAACGAAAUUCAAAGUGCGAAUGAAGAUAAAACGUAUACAAAUAGUUUAGAAUCUCUACCGAUAUUUAUUUCAUUAGAUAAUGAUGCAAAUUCUGCCUUAGUUGAGGAAAAUGACAAUCAAUUAUCAUCAUUUAUAAGUUGUAAAGAUUACAAACCUAAAAUUGAUAUACAAUCAAUAGAAACAAUUGAUAAAGAAUCACCUUUAUAUAAUAUAUUACCAACAUCAUCAAAAAAUCUUACAGAAAUGUCUUCUAGUGAACCAAAAGAUAUAUCAAAUUUAUCAACUUCUGUAACAUGUACAGAAACUCCAUCAACAAGUUCUAAUGCAAAAAUAGAAACAACCAAAUUAUCUUUGUAUUCUUUGGAAAAACCAAAAUCUCCAGAAUUAUCACUUCCAACUAAAACAACAAGUUCCAAAGCAAACAAAUUAUCUUCAAAAACAUCUCAAGCAGCAAAGUCUCAAGAACUUUCUACAACUUUAAAUUCCCCCCUAUCUUUAGACAUUUCCUUAAAAUCUUUCACCCCAGAAUUAGCUAAACCUUCUGAAGAAAAUCCCACUACGUUAUCAGUUAAUAGUAUACCAAAAGCUAAUAUUAUGAAAGGAAGAGAUAUUCUCAAGAAAUUAGCAAUUGUUGAUGAGAAAAUGUCUAAACAGAAUUUUAAAAGUGUACGAAAAAAGAAAAAAAUCAUUAAAAAAGAAGAAAUCCAAAAUGAAGAAAAACCUUUGUCUACCUUUCGUGGUGAUAUGGACUAUAGUUUAGAAAAGAUUUCGCAAAUGUUAUCGGCGAAUCGCAUGAGAAAGCAAAAUAAUAAAUAGUAAUAAAAUAAUUGUAUUGUAAAUAUAAACAUUUAAUGUAAAUAAUACAAUUUAAGAUAAUUGUAUAAGAAUUAAUAGUUUGUAAUAAUUUUUUAUUGAUUAUUUAAUUAAAUAAACAGAACGUUUUUUUAUUUAA